AUGGCAUUUCCAGGGUUUUCUUUGAUCCGAUCAUGGAUUCUGUUAGUGUUGGCUUGCCAGUCUAGCGCCCAGUUCUGCUCCUUCUGGAAUGGUGCCUGCAUCGACCCUCUUGCCCAAACUGCCGUCAAAUUCAACUUCAGUCCUCUCUUCAUCAAUCCAAUCACCCUCUAUUAUGGCUUUGACGCGAGCCUAUCCGGUAAAGGCAACGGCCCCAUGACCAAGACCGCUUUCUGGCUUCGGUAUCAGAAUUCAAAUAUUGAUCCUUCCGUUGUGGACAUGAACAGGACAUCUGAAAUCGCCCUACGUGUUGGGAAUUUAACUGGUAUCCCUUCAGGGUCAAAUAAUGCGUGUGAUGGAAUAUGGGGCCGACAGUGCACCAAUGGGAUUAAGAUGGCCCUAAAGACUGGCAUCUUCCAUCUCGCCAGAUCGGGUGAAUAUUACAGCAAACCGCUGGAAACGGUUCUAUCACAAUUGAUGAUGGUUCAGCCUGAGUUGUUGUGUGGCGCGCCUAUUUUCGAUGUUGCCAGCAUCCCUGUCCAAGGUAUGUCUUUCGACGUGUCAUACUGUUUCAACCGACGCUUAUCUAACUCCCUAACAGAUUUCGCUUUUGAGAGUAAAACUGAUCAGGAUGUCUCUGUGUAUCCCUCGGGGUCUUUAGGCCAUCCAUGGCAGGUGUGGUAUCUGGACGAUAUGACGCCACAGCAACAGGCUUCACAAGUCGCCGUGGGAAUCAUCAGUCGUGCUCCUUCCUACGGCAGUCCGCUGCCUCGAACCCCUGACGACAUUCAAAUCGAGCUUGUCUGUAUGCAAGCGCCACAAGCACCGCCAAGUGGAUCAAUGGGAAACGACUAA